CCUGUGACCAUGUUCCUCCCCAACAUCCACGCAGAGCGCGACACCGAAGCCCUCCUCCAAUUCAUCAAAGAGAACCCUUUUGGUAUUCUCAUCACAGGCAUAAACUCUGCCUCCCACGACUUCCUCCAAUGCACCCAUGUCCCAUUUGUGCUUGACGUCCCGGAAGGGGAAAACGAAAACCCCCAACUCCGCGCGCACAUCGCAAAACAGAAUCCCCAAGCCAAAGCAAUGAUUGAGAAACUCGACGGGCAGCCACCGGGUAUUCUCUCCCUUGACCAGGACGUGCUGGUUGUCUUCAACGGCCGGCAUGAUCACUACGUCACACCGAAAUACUAUACCGAGACGAAGCCGGAUACGGCCAAAGUCGUCCCGACGUGGAAUUACUCUGCUGUGCAGGUGUAUGGCAAGUUAUCGCUGUACUACGAUUCCAGGACGCCAGAGGCAGGUUCGUUUCUGGCGAAGCAGAUGCAUGAUUUAUCGGAGCAGUGUGAGAGGGGAAUUAUGGGGUUUACGGGAGGGGAGAGACCGCCGCCGUGGAAGGUUGCCGAUGCGCCGGAGAAGUAUAUUGAACUGAUGAAGAGGAAUAUUGUGGGUAUCAAGAUUGAGAUUAGCAAGGUUGAAGGCAAGGUCAAGAUGAGUCAGGAGAUGAGACCAGGUGAUCGGGAGGGGGUGGUAAGAGGGUUUGCAAAGCUAGGAGGAGAGACGGGCGAGGCUAUCUCUGCUUUGGUUAAGGAGCGGGGGGAGUUGAAGGAUAGAAAGAAAGAGUAGAAUAGAAUUGAUAUUUCCAUCUACAUUGAUUCUAGAAACCUUCCUGAUUAG